CCGCUGUUCGCUCGCCCGCCGCCGACACUCCAUCACGCUCCGCCAUCGCGCACACCGUACGUUUCUUGUUGGAACUUUAAAAAUCGUGAUUUUAACUUAACGCAUAAGUUAACGAGUGACAAUGAAUCGAGUACUGAUCGUUUUAGUUGCUAUGUGUAUGUUUACAGCCGCCAUGGUCCCCAAGGACAGGCGAGCCCUGAAUUCAGAAAAAGAAAAAAUGAUACAUUCUUCUACAAAAAAACCUCACGAAAUCUGUGCCCCGCAAACUCCCUGCGGCUGGUCAGUGUACAGGCCCGCUUCGAAGAUGAUUGAAAUAAACAUCACAAAUACAUAUUGCCACUGUCAACCCGACUAUGUGUGUAAAAUAAGUGAAGAUGAAAAGGACGUGAGCGCAUACAUUCUUCGAUGCACGCCUCGCGCCGACCAAAUUAAAACUCCCGAGAGCUAGCGAGAGCUGUUCUUUGGGAUAAUGUUCUACGCCAGAUGACGUUGCUUGUUCGAAACCGAAAUUUAUCGCAAACAGAAGAAAGACGAAACCUGGUUAAGUCAUUUUUAACGGUCAAAAGAAUAUAUUUACAUAUAAUCUACUACAAAAAUUUCUUAAACUUCGAUUAAGUUGUCAGAAUAUUUCAUAUUGUAGUCAGUUAUGGAUGUAAAAACUUGUCCAAAUUCAAUUAUUAUUACUAUUAAUGUACCUUGCUCCUUAAUGUUUAUAAUAUUAUUGGCACUGUAUAUUAUGUUAAGAUUACGUCAUAUCGUGAUGAUCGCGUUACGAUUAAAAGUACUUAUUAGAUUACGUAUUAUCAUUUGUUAAUGUUUUAUUGAAUUCUUCAUUUUCAUAUUUUAACGAAAUGAAUAAGCACGUCAUAUUAAAGUUCCUAUUUUGAUUAUAUAUUUUUAUUGUCUGUAAAGUAUUUUACUUAGGUAAAAAUAAGUAGCUAGUGACGUUACUUCUGUGACAUAAUAAACUCGUAUUAAAUUAGAAAACCAACCGUCAAAUUAAUGAUCUUUGGUGUAUUUGAUUUAUAAUAAAUAAAUACUUUUUAAAAGUU